CAUCACACAAACACAUCAAAGUCAAAACGGACGGGUUCAUAUUCUGGAAUGUGUCUGAUCAUACAAUCAAGAGGUUUUCUCAGGAAGGAUUCUCACCCUCACUCAAAAUUAAACUGGACACUGUGUACUAUGUUUAUACAGGUAAUUAAGCACUAUUGUCUCUUGCCUGUGCUCUUAUUACAGAUAUUUUUUAUAUCUGGGUGAAAUUGACCAGAAAGGCUAUUUAUACAAAAAAAGUUUCAUUAUCAAAAUGUCCAUCUUCGUCAUUUUUAGCAGUUUCUUUAAUGAAAUAUUGGGGAUAUCAUUAAAUUCACUCAAAUUCGCAAAUGAUAGGAAGGUUGCAAACACAGAGGGCAAAAUUUAAAAAAAUAUGGACCAAAAUGCCAUAAUGUCUGCAAUAGACAAUAACAAAGCAUGCAAAUCAAAAGCACAGACAGAAAGCAGGUAGACAUCAAACACACACAAACACAUCAAAGUCAAAAAGUCUGGGCCAGGGAUCAAGUUUCAGACAUGUCUGGCUUGAAAUGAACAAAGUAACAAAUGCUGUUAUAUUUGCAGCUUAUAAAUACUUCCACUGCAGCGCAGUUUUAAAAAGAGACGCGCCAAGGAGAGGUCACACCUGAGAAGCAUCACUUAAUUAUUAGUAGGUCGUAAUAGGAUAAUGGCUAGCCCCUCGAAACAACCUAGAAAGGAUGACGAUAGCAUAGUGGGAUAUUUGCACUGUGUGUCACCGGUGAAAACUUCGAGGCGGAAUCUCCGCUACUUCGAGGCGACCCUACAGACCGGCCGAGAGGAAUACCACAGAGUGGUAGCAUUUUCGGUAGACAAGAGGAUCCCGUUUACGCAAGUUUCGCAAAACAACAGCCCAGUGAAGCUGGCGAACGUCAGGAGAGGCCUCAGUUACUCCGAUCCCAGUGGCUUCGACGUUCUCUGUUCAAAUAGCACCACUGUGGAGGUGGUGGAGGACGUGGCUUUCUUCCCGAGAGAGCCUCGAAGCAUGGGACAGAUGACCAUCGAGGAGGUGCUGCGCCUUGGACCAAGACAGCGCGUGGGUGUGGUGGAUGCCAAGAUCCUGCCAGAGGGUACUGUGAGCAGAGUGGUACCUGUUGACGGGGUCCAGUGCGAGUUGAAGGAGCUUCAGAUCUGCGAUCCCACUGGCCAGACAACUCUCACACUCUGGGAGAAACUGAUUCUGACUGUCGAAGUAGGCAAGUCGUACAAGCUGGCCAACUUGUCCACCAGGAAAGCCGGUGACCGUACGGUUCUACCACUCAAACGACUACCACUCAAACGACAACGGUUAGCGAAAUUUCGGCCGUCGGAGAACCGGAGUCAGUCGAGGUCCAUGGAGAUGACCGCCAGGACACAUCGAUCGUCCGUGGAACUGUGACCGGGGUGCAGAUAAGCGCCA